GUCCACAGCGGUUUUUUAAGUGCAUAUGAUUCGGUCAGAACAAAGCUUAUCUCACUUAUCAAGCAAGCAGUUGGAUAUGUAGAUGAUGACCUUGAACCCACUCCCAAGUGGCAUGUUUAUGUAACUGGUCAUAGUUUGGGCGGUGCUUUAGCUACUCUCCUUGCUCUUGAAUUAUCAACAAGUCAACUGACGAA